UGUUGUUUCUUAGCCAUCUUAAAUUAGCAUUAGCAUCACCUGGGGAAAGAAUAGUUAAGGUCGUAGGUGAUCGUAGGUGAUUGUAGGUGAUCUCUUUAGAGAGAAAGAGUCCGUUCGUUCAAUUUUUUCAAGCUCAUUGCACUGAUCGACUUUAAAUUCCAUUUUUGGUCUAAAGGUGCAUUGUGACAAUUCGGGUGAGAUAUACAAGUUCAUCUGAGUUUUGAGAUCAGAUUUCUGAUUGGAAUUGGAAUUUUAUAUGAACUUUGAUUAUUGAAGCUCGGAAAUGUCGCCAUUCUACUGAAGAAUCUCCAUAAGCGAAGUUUGAAAAGUGUAAUUUCAAUAAUAAUUCUUUUUGUAGUUCCGAGUUGUUUGGCAGUGAAUCCGCGGAGGAAUCCCCCUGCAAGCUGAUGGUUCUGUAAUGAUAUAUUGAGGGAUUUCGUCAGCAUUUCUGAUUUUCGUAGUUUCUCCUGAGUUGCUGAUUGAACCUUGGAAAGAACAUAAGUUUUAGCUAUCUGUGAAGCUGAAGCUUUCAGAAUGGAAGGACUUAUGGUGGAAAAGCAUGUUAAGUACAUUAUAUCAGUUGAAAAGAAGAAAGAUGAUUUUGAAUCUGUGGUGAUGGAGCAUCUUAGAUUAAAUGGAGCAUACUGGGGAUUGACAACUCUUGAUAUUCUAGGGAAGCUUGAUGUAGUGGAUCAAGAUGAGGUCAUUCCUUGGUUAAUGCAGUGUCAACAUGAAUCUGGUGGAUUUGGUGGUAACAUUGGACAUGACCCACAUAUCUUGUAUACCCUUAGUGCCAUCCAAGUUUUAGCACUAUUUGAUAAACUUAAUGUUCUUGACAUUGACAAGGUCUCAAACUAUAUUGCAGGCCUGCAAAAUGAAGAUGGGUCCUUUUCUGGUGACAUUUGGGGUGAAAUUGAUACACGGUUCUCUUACAUUGCAAUAAGUUCUCUUGCACUUUUGAAACGAUUGGAUAAAAUCAAUGUUGAAAAAGCAGUACAAUACAUAUUAAGUUGCAAGAAUGUGGAUGGUGGAUUUGGUUGCACACCUGGGGCAGAAUCUCAUGCGGGGCAAAUUUUUUGUUGCGUGGGAGCACUUGCAAUAACAGGCUCUUUACAUCAUGUUGACAAAGACCUCCUUGGCUGGUGGUUAUGUGAACGACAAGUUAAAUCUGGGGGUCUAAAUGGGCGUCCUGAGAAGCUUCCUGACGUCUGCUACUCUUGGUGGGUUCUCUCCAGCUUAAUUAUGAUAGACAGAGUUCACUGGAUUGACAAGGAGAAGCUUGUAAAAUUUAUUUUGGACUGUCAGGAUAGAGAAAAUGGAGGAAUUUCUGAUAGGCCAGAAGACGCGGUUGAUGUCUUCCAUACCUACUUUGGAGUUGCUGGUCUUUCACUUUUGGAAUAUCCAGGGCUAAAACCUAUAGAUCCAGCUUAUGCCCUUCCCGUAGAUGUUGUAAACAGAAUCAUCUUUCACAAGUAAUGGGUUAUUUUAUAAUUGUUUGAUUCCUGGACUGCUACCUCUUGCAUCCUAUUUUCACCAAAUUUGAGGGAAUCUUUUGUUGAAGGGAUUUGAUGUGAUACUCCUAGGCUCAUAUACCAUAAGAAAUUUCUGUCUUUAUUUAGUUCUAAAAACUGUGAUCUGUGUUUGAGUUUGUUUUUAAAAAAAAGAACACGAUGCCAUAUUAUAUCACAAUUCCAACAAGUUGUAUUCCCUAAAAAACAAGAUAUAUGCCUUCAGAAA